AUGCCAUCCGCCCUGCCUGUGCCUUCCAAAAGUGCACUGCGAGCACUUCGCAACAUCGCCCUCGGAACAUCUUGCACUGUUGCAUUUAGUACUGGGAUGCUAACAGAGGAUCGCCGACGACGAAUUCACGGCGCGAAAUUGGUGCAUGACAAUGCAAAGAAAUUGAGGUCGUCAAGGCAAUACCACGAUUCAAAUGUGCAUUUGGCAGAUACGUUUGAGGAGCAGGUCUCGAGAUAUAAGGAUGAUGGAUUUUGGGAGGCGGGACGCAGCACCGCCUUGAGCAAUGCCCAAAGUUCGGAAGUGGUUGUGGCUGUUGGUCAAACGGCUGGCAAGAUGAUAGAGCCGGUAAAUCUGAUACCACCUUCAAUCCCGUUCAAACCACCCCGAAUCGAAAAGCUUCGCCCCCCACCUAUACAAGAGUCGAAUCAAAACCCUACGGACAUCGAUGAAGAUCGUCAACUGCGUCUUGCAAAUGAUAUACAACAGAUUCUUGGACAUGAAGAGGGUUCCGUAGCCGUUGAAUCUGCACUGCGGCGGUUCCUAGAAGUGUUUGAGGAAGGCUUGGAUAUGGGAUCUAGUGGCAUGCAGUCAUGUCUUUUAGAAGCAGCAAUUGUGCUAUCUACGGCUUGUCGAAUAUCGUCUAGGAUGGAGGAUAUGGGCAAAAUCCUUGAUAUCGUUCUCGAAUCUACUACGCUUUCCGAGACCGACUUCAAGCGAUUUGAGCCACAUAUUAUUAUUGGAUCUUUGUUGCAAAGUUCAGUUGAUGAGGCUGGCCAGGAUGCCGAUUCUCCUAAACUGCGAAAAGCUUCUACUUUGUGCCUUGUGGAGUUCAAGGAGAAGCCGGGGCCAAUUUCAAACAAAAUGAAGCCUGUCACAGUGGAAGCUUGCAACUUAACCUGCCGUUAUAGCAUGUACGAAUUGACCAAGCAACUGUUCUGGCGAAUUGAGGCUACUCGUGGCAAAACACCUAACUCCGCGGUUGGGUCGUUUAUCAUUGCCGAACUGCACACCAAGCAGUACCGUAGUGCUAUUCGGUUCUUCAGAAACUUCAUCGAAACAUCACCAAGCCAAGAGGAACUUUACCUUGUUGCGGAUGCCUUAGUUGAGUCGGCGCUCGAACGGAAACAAUUUACCAAAGUUGAACAGGUCUUGAUUGAGGUGGCAAAAUUGACCAAAAGGGACCAUUUUAUGAAGUCGAAUAACUGGCUUCAGAAGCUGCUUGGCACCGAAUGGCGCAGAAAACGGAAUAUUCGCGAAACUCAAGAGAGAUUUGAUCGCCUCAAAACUGUGAUACCAGUAAUAUGUCGUCCACAAGCUGCUUAUGCCGUCAUCAUACAAUUAUGUGUCGAGGCAGGAGAUUUUGUAGCCGCUGGAAAUUACCACGAACAGCUCAACCAGAUAAGUGGACCAUGUGAAGACGACAUCCUCAUUCGUGGUCAAAUCGCUCGCGGAAAGGCGAUGUGUGAAGAGUGGGACGAUGUCAAGAGUAGUUUCGCCGAAAUGGCAAAACUCAAACCUAAUAACAGAGUCUACGGUGAUAUCUUCCCACCAAUACUUAAAUUGUUUGCCAAAUCACAUUCCCUGGCUGAGACGGAGGAUUUUCUUCAAUGUUUUCUUCAGCAGUAUCAAGUACCUUUGACUCCUUAUGCUUCCAAUAUCAUGAUCGGCGAAUAUGCGAAAGCCAAAGAGCUUCAAUCCAUUAUUCGUUGGAUAGAAUACGCAACCUCUGUUUCCACAUUUCUUGACGCCGAUUCGUUUAAUACUAUCCUGAGCCAGCUUUACAAGACGUGGGGAUUCAACUUCGAAGAAGUAUAUCAAGUACAUCGUGUAAUGUUAAGAUCCUCCGUGGACUAUACAAAUGAUUCCACGCUGGCGUAUCUGCGUCAACUUGCUCUCAAGGAUUCGAAAGGGAUACAAGAAGUUGCUACUAGGAAGUUGAGGGCUUUGCCCAGCGCGACUAGAGCUAUAAAAGAUGAUAAUUACCCUCGUAGGCAGAUUUUCGAAGAAUCUGAGAAGGGUAAUUUUAAAAAUGUCGUAGACAUAUAUGAAGACGCUUGCAAGAAGGGGGUUUACAUCCAUAGCUCGGUUCUAGCAGCCACAGUGAAAGCUUUGUUGCAUUUGAAUGAUGGCGACUCUUACAUGGCUCUCCAGCUGAUUAGAGAUGCGAAACUAAAAGGUUACUCUUUGGAUGAUGCUCUCAUUACGAUUCUUACUCACCGACUACCAAAGUUCAUGGAGUCCGCCGGAAGCAGUCGAUUAAUCAAGUUCUUGACUUCCGCCAGAGAAGCAAUUGCCAAGGCGCAGGAGUAUGGAAUUACUGUCCCACAAUAUGUGUUCAAUGAGGUCACCAAUAUCCUCGUCCAGAAUGGAUAUUUUCAAGACGCAAUAGCGUUCUGGGCAGAAAUGUCGCGGACAUAUAGCGCAACAGUUCGACCUGAUGUGGUCAGUCUUACCAUCCUUCUCAAGGCUUAUAUUGGCAUCAAAGAAUCCAGUGGCAUUAUCUGGAUCACGAAGAUGUUAUCCGUUAAUCAAAUUGUACCGGACGCGCGAAUGAAACAGAUACUGAAAAACACACGGACAAUAUUGCGGAAAGAGAAGCUCAGUUCUAGACUGUCUUCAUUCCUCCAGGUUAUAGAAGAAGCAUUUUUGAUUUAUGCGAUGAUACGAGGAGAAGAUCAGAAGGACAGAAAGGAUGCUAGAGGCAAAACUCUUGAAAUCAUGGAUAGAGCUCUUGAUGCUCAGAGAUCAGUCUCGGAACAAGAUAUCACUCCCGAAACACAAGAGAUUGAUAACUGGGACGAAUUUGACGAUGAAAGUACGAAUUUGGCCGAGUCAAACCAAGAUGAUGAGGAAUUAAUAGCUGAAAGCUCGUUUUGA